AAUGCAUGGUUCACAUUUUUUUUUUCAUUUAUAUUUUUGUAGCGAUUCAAUAGAUCCAACGUCCCGAGAGAUCUACGAAGGGUUCCAGUUCGUCUCAGGCAUCGACAGCGGCAUUGCAAGAGUUUUGCAUGGCGACUUCGCCUUCAUGAAUUCUGGCAGAUUUCUACGGUAUUUGGUGGCUAGCAACUUUACAGACGUUUACGGCCAGGCUAAGCUGCACGUCACCAAGGAAUGUUUUGUGCCUUUCAGGAUCGGGUUCGCAACGCCUCUGUUCUCGGUGUACACUGGCAGGUUCAGUGAGGUGAUCAACCGCCUGGUGGAGGCUGGUUUGGUCACCAAAUGGUUCAACGAAAUAUUGCAAGAGGCAGCCCAGCAACAGCGACUGAAAGCUCGGCAUGAACUGGGUGGUCUCGGAAGCUCCAUAACAGAGGAACCUGGAGCAUCAGUUGUACUAGGCCUCUACCAUCUCCAGGGUGCCUUCAUCUUGUUAUUGUCAGGAUUAUGCUUCAGCUUCCUUGGGUUCAUCGGAGAACUGAUUUCAAUAACAUACGUCAGGUCAAGAAUGAGAGGCAACGAAGUUAAAUGAAUGUGGUCCUACGCUGUGAAUGACGGUAACGAAGAAAGUGAAGAACCAAGCUUUAAUAAAUGAACAAUACAAUUCUUCUCCGAAUCACUGCGCCAAAUUACUUAUUUUUCAGAUACAUUUUUAUUGGAUUGUUAUAUUUAGAAUCACUGGAAAAUAGUAUGAUUAAUAAAAUGCUCAAUAUUUUUGAGUUAAUAGUAAAUAUAUUCAAAAUGUAUCAUAAAAUGUAUAUUCUGAAGCAUUCAAAGGGCUCCAUAUAUAUCAUUUUCGAUGGCAAUAGUAGGAGUUUGAUUAUAUUCGAUGUUGGUGGAAGAUGAUUUUAUGAUUGAUGAUGAUUAACUUUCAAGGUAUUCCAUUCUUUAAAAACACAAAUAAAAGGAAUUCUAUCAUGAACAUCUGUACUCGUACUUACUUAAAUAUUUUCAAAUCAGAUUUGGACGUGUCAAAUUCCAUUUCAUGUUUCUAUAUUGAAGUAAAUUUCAUCCGGUGCUAUGAGAUGGAACUCGCACAUAUUCGGAGGAUUUUUAUUUUUUGUUAUAUGUUAAUAGAAAUAAUUUGCUAUAUUCGAAAAAUUUCGAUUGUAUUAAGAUGAA